GAGACCAUAUAUAGAUACAUACAUGUAACUAAUAUCGUCUAUAUAAUUGAUCUUCAUUCUUCAACUUCAACCAUGCAUCAUACAUAUAUUUAAGUCUCUGUCUAUUAUCAUUUGAAUUAUAUUUUCUUCAGAACAUAGUUAAACAACUCCAAUUUGGAGCUUUAAUUGAUACGUUUUAGCUUAGCUAGGGGCAUAAUUUUACUUUGGAGAAGAACAGACGUAUAUACAAUAUACAUAUAUAAAUGGCAGGUGGGCUGAUUGAUCUGUUCUUGGUUGCUUCAAUCCCAGUGUUGAAACUGCUCAUAUUAACUGCGCUUGGCUCAUUUCUCGCUUUCACCGCCUCUGAUAUUCUUGGUGACAAUGCACGCAAGCGUUUGAAUUCACUAGUAUUUUUCGUGUUCAAUCCAGCAUUUGUGAGCAGCAACCUGGCCAAAACCAUUACUCUUGAAAGGAUUAUUUCAUUGUGGUUCAUGCCAGUGAAUAUCAUGAGUACGUUUGUGAUAGGAUCUGGGUUAGGAUGGUUGGUUGUCAAAAUCACAAAGCCUCCCCAACAUCUCAAAGGCCUCGUUCUAGGCUGCUGCUCAGCAGGAAAUUUGGGAAAUCUGCCAAUAGUAAUAAUCUUAGCAGUAUGCAGAGAGAGAGGUAGUCCAUUUGGAGCACCUCAUCUUUGCCAUUCCUCUGGAAUGACCUAUGCUUCUCUUUCCAUGGCCAUUGGAGCCAUUUCCUUAUGGUCUUAUGUUUACAACAUUGUCCGAAUUUCCUCAAGUAUGGGCAACGCAGAUGACCCAAAACGCGGCACAAGACCUACUAAAGGAACAUCAGACUUGGUAGAUGGUAAUUUUUCAAACUCAGAAGCACUGGUUCUUGGAAAGGACAACUCUGUGUCUGCGGACCACGCAUGCCAUGCAAAAUACAAGGGGGAGAGUAAGGUGCCAAUCUGUAAUCAGAUAAAGCACUACUUAACAACGUUGUCAAGCGACAUCAAUUUGAGGGCGUUAUUCGCGCCUUCAACUGUAGGAGCGGUUGUCGGGUUUAUCGUAGGCAUGGUACCCCAAACCCGGAAAUUGAUAGUUGAUGACGGUGCCCCUCUUCUUGUGCUCUAUGAUGCAGCUUCCUUGGUGAGUGACGCAGCCAUCCCAACGGUGGCCCUGAUAAUGGGAGCAAACCUUCUUAAAGGGUUGAAAAGGUCUGGCAGUUUGGCGAGGGUGAUCUGCGGAAUUAUAGGAGUUCGGUACGUGGUGCAGCCUGCGAUAGGCGUUGCAAUUGUGACAGCUGCAAAACACUAUGGGGCACUGCAGUUGCGGUUGAAGGAUCCGCUCUAUGAGUUUGUUCUGCAUCUGCAGUACGCACUCCCUCCAGCGAUGAACAUUGGCACAAUCACCCAAUUGUUUGGAGCAGGGGAGAGUGAGUGUUCUGUUAUAAUGCUCUGGACCUACGCUUUUGCAUCACUCUCCCUUACUCUCUGGUCGACCUUCUUCAUGUGGCUCGUCACCUGA